ACCAUUUCGCUGCGUAAAGUCUCCUCCCCGCGACCGCUACAUUCUGCGCCGAAACCCAGUCUCUCCCGGUCCGUAUUUUAACUUCUUCCCACCGACCUAGUGGUACCUCGUUGGGUACCGGGAGAUAGUUUGGAUUACUGGCAUCACGGAUUGAGUACGAUUUUACGCGGAUGACGUCUUCUUUAGCAAGAAUUUAGUAAAAGAAAAUUGGUCGGAAAUUUCAGAAUAUGUGGAGGGGAUCUUAAUUUCAUCAUCCUGGAAGUAGAAAGCGCAAAAGAUCUGUGUCUCACACCACAGAAAGGUGCUGUGUGUAGCAAGAGCAGCACAGAGAAAGGAAGCUCUGCGGAGAAGGGGGUGUGGCAGCAGGCCUCUCCGGCUGUGGAUGUGCUGGGUGGUAACCCCCAGGCUGCGCAGAAUGUGGCUGGGGAGUCACCUCGGCAUGCCCCGCAGUCGGUCGCAGCUGCCCCCUGCCCGAUCCCUCCAUCUACAAAUCCAUCCAGCAUGUCGUUGUCGGACGGCAACAGCUCAGUAUUCCCUGGCAUGGAUGCUUCAGCAACCUUUUCUGAGACUCUCACAAGCAGCAAUUUUAAGGAUGUCAUCUCAGAAGAAGUCUGCACUGAGGAGAGCAUUGUUGGAAUUGCUAAGUCAUUGCCAGUGUCCUUCAUUCAGGACAGUAGUUCCUUUGCUAAGAAGCAAAGGCUCUCAAAUCUUCCUUGCCCCCCACUUGCAGCACGGAUUGACGGCUCAGUGCAAGAGGUUCAGGACGGGCUACAAAUUAAUAAAGAGGAAAGCCACUCAGAUAGUCAAACAGACGGGAUUCGGCCUCAUCAAGAAAAUACCGGGCUUGUGGUUACUUUGCGUACCCAGGAAGAACAAUCUAUCGCUUUGGACUAUAAUCCCGACACUGAAACAAAAGUGGAUGUUCGUAGACAAGAGCUCUCAGAAUCCACCGUCUCUCCCUCAAUUGUUGGUGUCACAGUUCAAGACCCCACAAACUAUGGGGUUGCGGUGCAGUCAGACAGGGAAACAUUCGUCCGUCAGGGCAGCCACAAAACUCCAUCAGAUACUGCAGAACCAAAAGAUAGUUUCAAGGACUCAAAUGCUUCAGCCUCUUUGCUCUCAGCGGAAAAUGCAAAGAACAAACAAACAAACCUUCCAAAAACACAACCUAAAACCGUCAGGAAAAUCCCAAACGACGGCAGCAAUGUGCAAAAGGAAAAUACUUCAGAAUCAAUCGAGGCCUUGACAGAGGCGCUUGAUGUCACCUCUGUCAAGGAAACACAACCUCACCCACCUGAUAUACUUGAGACCCAAAAGGCUAAAGAAUCCCAGCAUGGAUUAUAUUCCUCCCUUGGAAAUGAGAGUGCAGUGCCCACCAGGAAUCUCCCUGUAACAGAGCAGGGUGAUGGGGGGGUAAGGGAAACCCAAACAGAUGCUGCUGCCCCUUCAGUGCUGCCGGAGAUUUCCUCCAAACCUCCAGCAGGAGCUCCUCUGUUUGACACCAACCUGGUUGUCUCACUACAUGCAGGGGAGGUCAUCAAGACAGACAUGUCCCAUACCUCUGAUCCAGUCCCUGCCCACGAAACCUCACUGAUUGCUGAGAUUGUUCACUCUGCCAAUGCCCAUGAGAUCGUGGUCGUCCGAGAGGGGGCUCAUAUCAGUGGUGACUGGUCAAACAUGCACCUAAAUCAGAGUUACCUGCUACAACGAGAAGAUGGCACUGUGUGCGAAGCUGCCAUUGUUAAUGAACUCUCCACUGGAGGAGCAAAACUGUAUGAAGAUGGUGUUCAGGCGGGCAUGGAACUCAGCUCUCAGCCCGUGGAAGUAUAUGAGUUUUGCAGUUUGGUGGAGGAGGUUGCUGAGGAAACGAUCUGUGGCAGCAGUAGCACACAGAUACCUCAGUCUCCAGGAUAUGAAGUAAACUUAUUCAAUGCAUUACUGGAAAAUACUGAGGAGUACACCAUCAAAGAGGACACUGAACCUACCUUUCACUCGGCUGAUGAAAGUGAAACAAUCAUCAUUUCCCAGCAACCUUUGCCUUCUUCAAGUGGGCAUGAUUCCCAUAAUUUGUCCAUACAAAAAGCAAGGGUAGCUGCAGUCGGGCCACAUUUGAUAUUAGAUAAUCAAACGGUUGAAGUGUCUCACUCAGGUGAGGUUUGUUUAGUUCAAGUAGCUGCAGUUGCUUCAGAGUCUUUCACUGUUCAGCAGGCAGACACAAGUAUACAAUUUGGCACCCACUGUGUACAAGCGAAUGCUACAGAGUCAGAGUUAAAGGAAGCACACGGAUUGGAUUCUUCUAAGCCAAAAGCAGAAACAGCAACAAGUUCUUUAGGAAUCUCCACCCCGGUGGCUGACAUUGGUGGGGAAAAACUGGGGGCACAGCCUUCUGUUGCAGUUUCAGUGCAUAUUUCUUGUUUAGAAAACCAGCCUCGUGUUUCCACUCAUGAAGGGACCAAAGAAACUCCUGCUUUGACUCCAUCACAGAGUAUUCACGCUGUGGUUAUGCCCACUGAGGCCAAACCUGAGGGACUCUCCACCACACGUUACUCUAGUGUCGAUCCAAAGUUGCUUGUUCAGGAAUCAGAAAAAAGUCCCCUCCUUAACCUACCGAAUGCGGACGCCAUAUUGACAAAUUCCCACAGUUCUUGGUCUGGCACUGAGGAGUGCCUUUCUGCAGAUGUCACAAAAGACUCCUCAUCUUCAUCUGUGGCUCCAAGCAGCCAGGAAGAUCAGGCCCCUGACGAAGAAAAAUCAGCAGCUCCUGUUGAAGCUCAGCAGUCUAAUUUGAGUGGUUGCACACCUCUUCAGAAUGAAUCUGACUCUGCAACAGCUUCAAUAAACAAACCCGUAGCCUUAACUUCUACCAAAACAUCAACAAACGAAGCAGAUCCUGCGUCUGAAAAUGUUGAAACCCCCACUGACACCACUUCCCUUGUUUUACCUGACACCAUCCACGUGGUCACAGCACCAGAGGAAACGGAUUGUGAGGUUACAAUGGCUGCCAGUCCCAGCAAUCCUCUGACGGGCAUCCCUGACUUUGAGGAUGAGGACAGUGAGGACAUGGAGCAGGACAAACCCGUGGGAGAAACGGAAGUCCAAGAGAGCUUGUCAGGUCAGGUUAGCAGCCAGGAAGAAGACAGUGAUGAGGAAGCAGACGAAAGUGAAAUGACCUCCUCCAGCUCAUCACACAAGCAGGGACAGAACAGGACAGCCAGACAGGUGAUGUUCCUGAAGGUGCGUCAGUGGAUCUCAGAAAGAGUCUCUGCCAACUCGUCUCCUGUCUCGUCCUCAACCUCCUCUUCCUUCCUUGGUCCUUCAUCCAGCACGGAUUGGACCACAUCUCGACGAGAGAAGUCCUCACCUCUCAGAGGUCCCCAUGGCAAGUUUGUCUCCCCUACCUCAACUGGCUACACCUCCUGCUCCUCCCCAACAGACCAGGCUGCCUCUCAGAGGUCGCGUGGAGAAAGAGUCACUGACAUGGCAGAGCUUGCUAAACAUGAAGCGGACAUUGAGCAUCGAACACAGGCCUUGAAGCGUGAGGGCUUCUGGUCAACGAAGCGUCUUAGCCGCUUGACGGAACCUCAGCGACCCAAAGUUCAUUGGGAUUACUUAUGCGAGGAGAUGCAGUGGCUUUCUGCUGACUUUGCUCAAGAGAGACGCUGGAAGAGAGGUGUGGCCAGAAAGGUGGUGCGAAUGGUGGUGCGACAUCAUGAGGAGCUUCGACAAAAAGAGGAAAAAGCUAAAAGAGACGAACAUGCCAAAAUCCGAAAAAUUGCCUCCAAUAUCGCAAAAGAAAUCCGAUCAUUCUGGACUAAUGUUGAGAAGGUGGUUCAGUUCAAGCAGCAGUCCAGGCUGGAGGAAAAACGGAAAAAGGCUUUAGACCUUCAGCUGGACUUCAUUGUAGGCCAGACGGAGAAAUACUCCGACCUUCUCAGCAAGUCACUUGCUCCCAGCAGGCCUCCUGAGGUUGUCGUCUCUCCUCAAAAAAUACAUCCGCCUGCCACUGAUGAGGACGACAGAGACUUCGAGCCUCCGUGUGAGGAGGAAGAUGACGAGGAAACCAUAGAGGUGGAGGAGCAGCAGGAGGGGAAUGAUGCUGAGAGCCAUCAGAGGGAAAUUGAACUACUGAAGGAAGAGGGCAUGUUGCCCCUUGAUCAACUUCUCAGCACCCUCAAAUUACCACCGCCGCAGCCGUCUGAGGAAGAGUGCUCAAAUGGAUCAUCUACAUCAGAAGAGGAAGAGGAGCAGGAGCGGGAGGAAGAGGAAGAUGGGGAAUUUACUGCUAAUGAAGAGGAUGCUGAGGAUGAGGAGGACACCAUAGCAGCACAGGAGAAGAGGGAAGGAAAUGUUGAUCAUGCAGAGGAGCUUGAUGACUUGAACAGAGAGGGAGAAAUGAGCAUUGAGGAGCUGCUUGAGAAGUAUAAAGGAGCUUAUGUGUCCGAUUUCGAAGAACCGUCCGGUUCUGGCUCUAGAGCAAGCUCCAAUUUGGAAGUUUCUGGUGAUGAGGAGGUGGAGACCGAAGAAGAUGAGAGCGAUGUGGAAAGCAACACGUCUUCCUCAGAUUCACCAGGAGAAAGUGCUGAAGACGAGGAAAGUGACAAGGAUGAGAUGAGUAAUGAGGAAGCAGAUGAUGAUGAAGGAAUGGAGCUUUUGCUGAAGGAGGGAGACAGCAGUCUGUCUUCUUCCAGCUCACGACCAAAGAAAGAAAUCAGUCAUAUUGCUGCUACUGCUGAGAGCCUGCAGCCUAAAGGUUACACUCUGGCUACUACAAAGGUCAAGACUCCCAUCCCUUUCCUGCUUCAUGGCACUUUAAGAGAGUACCAGCACAUUGGGCUGGACUGGUUGGUCACCAUGUAUGAGAAGAAGCUUAACGGAAUACUAGCUGAUGAAAUGGGUCUGGGUAAAACCAUCCAAACUAUUGCUCUGCUCGCUCACCUGGCCUGUGAAAAAGUGAACUGGGGCCCCCAUCUCAUCAUUGUCCCCACCAGCGUGAUGCUAAACUGGGAAAUGGAGUUGAAACGCUGGUGUCCUGGGUUCAAAAUCCUCACUUACUUUGGCAGUCAGAAGGAAAGAAAGCUAAAGAGACAGGGCUGGACAAAACCUAAUGCGUUCCACGUGUGCAUCACCUCAUAUAAACUGGUGCUGCAGGAUCACCAGGCCUUCAGGCGGAAGUCUUGGCGUUAUUUAAUCCUCGAUGAAGCUCAGAAUAUCAAGAACUUCAAGUCCCAACGAUGGCAGAGUCUGCUGAACUUCAACAGCCACCGGCGACUGCUGCUGACGGGAACGCCUCUUCAGAACAGCCUGAUGGAGCUUUGGUCCCUCAUGCACUUCCUGAUGCCUCACGUCUUUCAGUCCCACCGAGAGUUCAAAGAGUGGUUCUCCAACCCGCUGACGGGGAUGAUUGAGGGCAGUCAGGAGUACAACGAAGGUCUGGUGAAGAGACUUCACAAAGUGCUGAGGCCAUUUCUUCUCAGGAGGAUCAAGGCUGACGUUGAGAAGCAGAUGCCCAAAAAAUAUGAGCACGUGGUGCGCUGCCGCCUCUCAAAGAGGCAGCGAUUUCUCUAUGACGACUUUAUGGCACAAGCUUCGACCCGUGAAACUUUGGCCAGUGGGCACUUCAUGUCUGUGAUAAACAUUCUCAUGCAGCUCCGCAAAGUGUGCAACCACCCCAACCUGUUUGACCCUCGACCCAUCCAGUCGCCCUUCAUCACGCAGCCCAUCGUUUUCUACACCGCCUCCAUGGUGCAGGAUGCGCUGGAUGUUCCCCCUCUGAAGCGCUGCGAUCUUUCCAUGUUUAAUUUGAUGGGUUUGGAGGGUCGUGUGACUCGUUACCAGGCAGACGUCUUCCUGCCACGCUACAAGGUCAGCCGGCAGCUGAUCCAGGAGAUUAAUGAGGCUCCAGCACCUCCACCACGGCCCAAACCGGUCCGAAUGAAAGUCAACAGGAUGUUCCAGCCCCCUCCUAAGGGGGAUAACAGACCGGUUUUGCUCAUGAAUAAACCUGUCUGUUCAGUUCCACUUGCAACUCAAACUCCCAAACCUGUAGUUUCUGAAGUUGCCCCAGCUCCUGCACCUGCAGUUCAGCAAGUGGUGUGUUCAGUGGCACCCACUCCUCCGCCUCGUCCUUCUGUGCUUCCUGCUCCUCAAACUGCAGUGAGAUCCACUACUCCCAAGCCAAUGCUGACUAUUCGGGCACCUGCUGCUCCCUGCGCAGCUGGUGUUCCAACUCAUCCGAGUCCAAACCCCAGCAACGUCCUACCACAAAGGGUUUUACUUAGUCCUGACAUGCAAGCAAGGCUACCUUCUGGUGAAGUGGUGAGCAUAGCACAGUUGGCGUCCCUGGCAGGCCGACCCGUUUCAUCAUGUCAGGGCAGUAAACCCGUAACCUUCCAGCUUCAGGGCAAUAAGCUGACUCUUUCAGGAGCUCAGAUUCACCAAGUCCCAGCUGCUAGUCCACGCCCAGUUCAAGGUAACGUAAUGCAUCUGGUAACAAGCGGGACGCAGCAUCACAUUAUCAGUCAGCCAGCACAGCUGACUGUCCAGACAACAAGCCACACCCAGUCUGCAAACACGCCCUCCACCACCCCACCACCAAACCGACUGCAGCAGAACGUCUCCUCUCAAGCACCCUCAACAAUGGUGAGCAGCCAGGGAGUUGUGAAGAUCGUUGUUCGUCAACCAGCAGGCAAGGAAGGUGUGCCUGUGCCCACACUGGCAAUGGCCCCUUCUCCUCGUGUUGCUCCCCUGGCACCCUCACACCCACAGAUCAGUGCUACCCCCGUCAGAAACACUGCUCCACUGCAAAUAGCCCCACGCACGCUUGGCCCUGCUACUGCCCACUACACCAUAGCCCCUCCAAGGAACCCUAGCUCAACUCCUAACCACCCCCAAACCCCCCGCCCCGUCCUUAAAGUAGUGCAGCCGCCUUCAACCAGCACCGAGCAGCCAGUCUUGGCUCUGCCCACCCCCUCAACAACUGUGCCCAAGUCUUCUACCGAAACAAAGGACAAUGGCAAAAGCGGCGAAGCACCAGGUACCACAAAGUCCAAGCCUGGUGUUCGACCAAAGGUUAACCCCCCACCUCGACGGGUUCCCCGCCCCCCUCCCCGCUCUCCUUUUUAUGUGUCAUGGCUGGAAAAAACCCUCAAAGACCAGAUCAAAAGCCGACUGGACCUCAUCUCUCGAGUCAACGAUCAUCAUUGCGGCGUAAAACCAGUGUAUGGCGUGGAGGUUCUGGACUUUCUGACAUUUCUACCUGGUCCUCAUCCAUCUCCUGCUGCUUUGAACUCUGGAGGAGAGUGGAGCCGAUCGGGUCACAGCAGCUGUUUGUUUGCUCAGUGGCAGAACAAGAACAACUUCUGGUUUCAAAGCCUUGCUUUAAAGGAGGCCAUCCACAGCAUUGAGGAACGGCUGCAGCUUCUCAGCCAUACCAUAGACAGGUUUACAUUUGUGAUUCCUCCAGUCGAGGCGUCUCCGAUCUCCAUGCACUGCUGUCAUCCUCCUCCCUCCCUGCACCACGAGCAGGAAAUCUUUUCAUCCACGCUUUCAGCUUGCGUUGCUCCUCUGACUCGGAGCCUUCAUCGUAUCCAGUGUAACAUGAGGACUCAGUUCCCUGAUCUUAGGCUCAUACAGUAUGAUUGUGGUAAGCUUCAGACUCUCCAUGUUCUGCUGCGAAAACUGAAGUCGGAAGGGCACAGGGUGUUGAUAUUUACUCAGAUGACGCGCAUGUUGGACGUGCUGGAGCAAUUCCUCAACUACCACGGUCAUAUUUACUUGCGCUUGGAUGGCAGCACUCGAGUAGAACAGAGACAGGCCCUCAUGGAGCGCUUCAAUGCAGACCGCCGGAUCUUCUGCUUCAUUCUGUCAACUCGCAGUGGCGGUGUGGGCGUGAACCUGACCGGAGCAGACACAGUAGUGUUCUACGACAGCGACUGGAACCCCACCAUGGACGCUCAGGCACAGGACCGUUGCCAUCGAAUCGGCCAGACCCGGGACGUCCACAUCUACAGGUUGAUCAGUGAGCGCACAGUGGAGGAAAACAUUCUAAAGAAAGCUAACCAGAAAAGGAUGCUGGGAGAUAUGGCGAUUGAGGGAGGAAACUUUACCACUGCCUUCUUCAAGCAGCAAACCAUCAGGGAGCUGUUUGAUGUUAAUGAUGGUGAGAAGAGGGAGGCGGCAGCGGAAUUGUCUGUUCCUCAAUCAGAGGAGGAGGAAGGUGUCAACAAGCAAAGCACCACCAUUCUGGAGCAGGCGCUGUGUCGUGCUGAGGAUGAGGAGGAUAUAGUGGCUGCUUCUCAGGCCAAAGCGGAGCAGGUGGCUGAACUGGCAGAGUUUAAUGAGAACAUACCGCUGGAUGACGGCGGAGAACAGGAGGAGGUGGAGGAGCUUUCCAAAGCUGAACAGGAAAUUGCAGCUCUUGUUGAACAGCUCACUCCCAUUGAGCGAUAUGCCAUGAACUUCCUGGAGGCCUCAUUAGAAGAUGUGUGCAAGGAGGAGUUAAAGCAGGCUGAGGAACAGGUUGAGGCUGCCAGGAAGGACCUAGACCAGGCGAAAGAGGAAGGUCUCAUGCUUCACCCUUCAUCUGAUGAAGACGAUGACUUCUCGUCAAAACCAGUUGCCGCUGAACCUCCCCACCCAACUCCUGCUCGACGCGGACGUAAACCCAAGGACAAGACUCUCACUUCAACUCGCGCCAGCGGUCGACUUCGUGGAGCAUCACCCGAAAUGGAGCCAGAACCCACAAGCUCAAGAGAAGUGCCUGAAAAACUCCGGAGAGGACGAGGAUCAGCCAGAGAUGGGGCGCCUGCAGCACAGUUUCAAACAGAAGGUCACAAAUCAUCCUCAUCUACAAGGCAACACGAUUCCUCCAAGUCCUCGAAUGCAGCGUCUCCCUCAAGAGAUCAGCAUAAAUGUCGAGCUCAGCCUAACCGCUCCCAUCCCAGCCCAGUGCCUUCCUUCACAACAAGCCCUCCUUCUGGAGGAAAGCAGCAGAUGGCUGCAGAGGCUGAAAGUAGAAGUUCUAAAGCAGGGAGAGAGGAAGAGGAGAAGGAGAGGAGAAUGUCUGAGUCAUCUCUGGACUCCAGCUGUGCAGCAGACCAUCUGACAAAAGAGGAUGGCGUGUCCCCGCCCUACUCAAGGUCCCCUCGUAAGCGUCAGUCAGCUGAUGGAGAAGUGCUGCAGGGCCUGGUUGAUGAUUCUCCCUCAGCCAAGGUCCUGCGAAAGCUCCCAGGGAGGUUGGUCACAGUGGUGGAAGAAAAGGAACCUCGCAAGAGGAGACGGCGAGGGAGUGACACAGGAGCGGGAGGUUCCUCAGAAGAUGUUCCAGUGGAGGAAAACGCUGCUGGAUUAUUCGAUGAACCGCACAAAGAGGACACACCCCAGAGCCCUGAUGGAAAGUCCAAAGCAGCUGAGGAGAAAUCUCCUCAGAGCCAAAGUUCAAGUUUGCUGAUUCAUAAGCAGCCCGUCAGAGGUUACCCCCCUUAUUCACCGCCACACCUUUCUCCAGACAUGCCUGUGCUGAGAAACCUUCCUGUACGAUCCCGCAUGGCUGCUCAGCUGGGGGAGCAGCAGCACCUGGGCAGGGGAAGAGGUGCAGGCCAAUCCAAGAAAACCGACAUCUCACCUGGCAAAGACGCAGCUGCAGCCUCCACAGAGUCUACUCCAAAUUCACUUGUGACGCCUUUGAAAAGGAAGAGGGGCCGCCCCCCCAAAACUCCUCAUGUCUUACCUGAGACGGACAGUAGAGUGACUCCCUCACUACAAGCCACUUCCGUGAACGAGGAAGGAAACCCCCCCAUUUCUUCAAAACGUAAAAGAGGUCGUCCUCGCAAAGACUCCUCAGCCACGGUAGACACUGCAGUUGAAGCACAGACCCCCGUUUCCAAAAGCAACGCUGGAGCAGAGCCGAGAGUCCCAUCAGAGACCCCCCCUGCUGUGAGCAUUAGCACCAGUCAGACCCCCCAGUCUACCAAAGCUUCUGAAAUUAAGACCGAUUCAGAUACAUCGUCUGCUUCGGUUAAGGCACCAGCUCCACCUGCAUCCCCAGGUACACCUGUACCGACAUCCACCCAGGUCUGUAGUUCCACUCCAAAUCUCCAAACACCAUCAGCUCAGGUUUCAUCUCUUGUUCAAUGUGCCAUCACUGCUGCAGCCCCAUUACCCCCAACCAACACCAUCUUAACUCCUCUCUCUGGGUCGUUAACAACCGUGGUUUCCACAGCUGCUGCAGAGUCAGACUCUGUCAGCACCAUCACUCAUGCUCCACCCGUGUCCCCUCCCACUGCAAUCACGUCGUCUCCACAGAUGAGCACUGCAGUCUCGGAAACCGAAAGUGUUGCCGCUACAGAGAGCUUCCUCACAACUACAACCCCUGCUGUUCAAGACUCAAAACGAGAUGUUGCAGCAUCUGCUUCACCGCUAACCUCCACCCCGACAACCAGCCAAGAGCUUUCUGAGACUUUAUCAAACUCAAAUUCACAACAACCUUCGUUCACAGCAACAGAAACUCCUCUGAAAACAAAAGCUGACUCCUCAGACUCCACACCUGAAGUUUCACAGUCAAGCACAUCAAACUGUUGCCCACCCGAACCUAUCAAGGUUUCUACAGCCACGCCUGCCACAGCACCAGCACCAUCUGAUGAAGAUACGGCUACUAAUGCGAGCGCCACUGCACCUCCAAUUCCAUCAGCUUCACCUGCUUCAACAGAUGAGACUGCAGAGCCUGAGAAGUCCUCCACCAACUCACCCAGUCCAGCUCCAGCCAGUGAUCUUCUCACAACAUCUGUCAGUUCUGCAGCUGAAGAAAAGAUUACAUUCACGUCUUCACCUGUGGCUACAGAGGAAAGCAGAACAUCUGUAACUCCCACUCCACCCCCAACUGCAGAAACCGAUGCUGAGAUCACACCAUCAGCAACAACCUCCACCGAUGUCACACUAACUCCCAUCACUGUUGCACAUUCUCCAGGAGAACCCACAGCUGUAACGUCCACAGCACCUGUUGCCCCAGUUCCUUCAACAGUUGAUGCAACCACGGCCGUAAAGAACAAAGAGGUUCUUCCUGUGUCAACCUCACAAAGUGCUGCUCCCAAUUCUCCACCUGAAGCUAACUCUGCAUCUACAGGAGACUCCAAAGAGGUGUCUGUAACAGCUGACACUGAGGCACCAUCAGCUGCUGGCUCUGAAGAUGCAUCUGUGAAGGAACCUUCAGAGUCACCACAGGAGGACACAGCCACAGACACGGAAGUAGACUGCAUGCCGGAAAGCCAAAGGGUUGAGAGUUCACCUGAGACCAAACACUCCGAGUCCGGAAAAGGCAAAGAGGGGAUGAAGGAAACAGAAACGACCACUCAUCAGAAGGAAGAGCCUAAGCAGCAGUCAGUGGAGGAUGGAAAACACCAGAAAGAUCUCAACCAAAAAAGAUCACUCAGUCGGCAGAGUAGCCAGGAGUCUGCUUGUUCCUCCUCGCCGUCAUCUGGGUGUUCAACAUCCACCCUCACUCGUCACGCCCACCAUAAAAGGACUUAUGAAAACCGACACCCAGCCAAGAAGAGGCGGAUAGACGUCACAUCAGAGGGAGAAGCAGAGAACAAAAUGGAGAAGAAUGAGGAAGGAAGUGAAAAGGAAGGUACCACCACCGCCCCUCGAAGGAGGCGGUCCAGGUCUUCCUCUUCCUCCUCAGACUCUGACAGCAGUGAGAGCAGGAAGCGGAUGACGCGUUCGGCUAAGCUCAGGCUCCGAGAUGAGGAGACAGAAAAAAGCCAAAAGGGUAGUAAGGCGACAAAACCUGCCCAGAACCCGGACAGAACCGCUUCCAAUGCUAACACAUCUACAGGAGGGGAGUCGGGCAGUGACUCUUCGUCUGUCAGGAUUACAAGGAAGAAUGCAGCGUCUCAACCUGUGCAGGACAGCAAGGCUCAGACCAAUGUGAAACCCUUGCUGCCUCCUGAGCCGGAGGUUUUGGGAAAAAGAUGUUCAGCUCUAAAUGCUGCAGCCAAACUUCUGGCAAUGAAAGGCAGGGUGGACACUCCAGGCCACACUACACGCAAAGACCCAGGAGCCAAGCCUACCGCCACUUCCAUCGCCUCUUUAGCGGAAAAGAAGCCUGUGCCGGCCUCGUCUCCAAGCAACUCGGUUAGUCACCAUAAAAGUGCUGGCAGCAAACCUUCAACACCUAAUCAGACGAGCCGCCCUCCAUCCCGCUCCACCAGACGCUGUCCUGGAGAUCUGGUUCCCCCUCUAGAAAUGGAGUACAAAAAGCCCAAAACGGAGGACAAGGACGGUGUCGGGAAGAAGGCUUCAAGACGAAAGGAAGGGGAGGGAGAGAGGCCGUCCUCGUCGCGAGGAAACAGCGCCUGCAGCAGCAUCAGCAGCGACGGCGAGGGUGGCGGCCGCAGCAGCAGAAGCCGCAGCAGCAGCAACAGCAGCCAACGCACCCACAGCGUCAGCUCCCAGAACACUGAGCACAGGUCCUCGCGCUCCCGCGCCACCUCCUCUGGGAGCGACAGGGACCGCAGCUCUGAGCGGGCCAAGAGCAGGGACAGAAAGGAGAGACAUGGUCAAAGAAGGGAGAGCAGGUCGCAGAAACUCCCUCCGGAGCUCACAAGCAGCUCAGGGACCGAGGGGACUCCGGACAGGGUGCUGCGGAGCGUUGCCGCCCUGGCAGCGGUGCAGGCGCGCUCACCAGCUGCAAGCACUCGCUCCUCCUCUGGUCAACAGCGCAGCAGCAAGACGUGAAGUGGGCAAAGGAAAACAAGACAAGAAAAAGAAGAGCGCACGCAAGAGUGUCGCAAAGCACGAUAGGAGAGCAUAACUCUGGUUGCUGCUUUGCCUCCACUCUCUGAGGAAACGAUGGGAAGAAGUGCUGCAUGGGCCAGGACCUCCUACCUCUUGGGCCUUCAUCAGCUUUGAAUGUUUGGGGGGGUGGAGGCUCAGGGAUGCUGGACUGACAAGCAGUGUAGUGCAACCAUGAACAGUUGUAGGUGGUGCAGUGGAUGAAUUCACCACCAGGCGCAAGAGGUAACAAGCGGGUUAAUACAUGUACUGUAAUCAUUAGACUGGAACUCUGUGUAUUCAGACAGAUUUAUUCGAUUCCCUCUAUUGGAGUUCCAGCGACCAGCUGAAUCGAGAGUCUGGAGGUUUUAGGACGGUUGAUUUUUUGAGGAUGGGUGAAAGGUUUGGUCAGCUGUUUCUUUGUAGUCAGUUGAUAAGUUAUGCAUAUUUUAAUGUUUCUUUCCUGGUAUUAGGAAGAGAAAAAACAGGCCUGUCAGUGUGGCUGUACUAUGCUGGAGCUCGUCUUUGCUUGGGCCCCUUCAUCAAGUCAUUUGUGUUCUUUGAAAAUCCAGCCUUGCAUUUUUCAUUUGCACACUCAAAAAAAAAAAAGAAGAAAAAAAAUAGUAAAAAUAAAGAAAAGGCCCUCAGCCUUUGAACACAUUGUGGUGUAGUGACAUGUUUGUACAUCAACUAAAGUCAGUUAAUUGGUUCCUGGUAACUCAGUGUAUCUCAACUGUUUGGAAAAUGUAUUUUUUUGAAUAUCCUAUCUUUACAACAAGUUAUCGCUGCAAUCCACUUCAUGCAUUUAUUUUGAAAGGGCAAAAAGAAGUGCCUCUUCGGCCAAAAUGGUUUUCAACCUUGAAUUGCCUUGUGAAGCACACGGCACUGGGGUGACGAGUUCAUUCAAAGAAACUCAAGCCCCCCCCACACCUCUUGAAAGCCCCCCCUAGCAUCAGUGCUAUCCUAAUUGUCUGAUUUUCCACCAAACAGUUUGCCAUUCAUCGCUCUUGGGUCAUGUAUAAAAGGAAAAGAAAUCACAUUACAUGAAUAAAAUGUGAAUAAAUUUACUGGUGCAGUUCCAGAUGACUGUAAUUGUCGAUUUAAUUUUGAGCAAAGGUGAUUAUUACCUGGGGGGGUGGGGGGGGUGGGGGUAAUGGGUAGUUCUGGUGAUGGUCUUCUGAUUUCUUUUGCCGCAUUCCUUUGAUCCCUUGUAAUUCCACAUUGUUUUACUUGAAAACUAAGACAAUUACAGUUGAAUAAAAAGACCAAAAAUUA